AUGGAAACCGAUUUCUUAUCGAUCUUUUUUCUGUGUGAAGUUCGAUCUCCUAUUUCAUCAACAAAUGAUUCUGAUGAGUCAUCAGACCUCGAAGGUAUUACAAAUGUUAGCAGCAAUAAUUGCCUUAAUACCGAAUCUGCACCGGAGGAAAAUAUCAUUAACAUUGAUUCAAGUGAUUGUAAAAGCACCAGUACCGAUAAUAAAGAUAAUAAAAAAGAAAUGUUUUAUCCAACAACUUUUGAAUCAAAACGAAUUUGCAAAUAUUUACAGAAAGGCAAUUUGGGAAACAAAAAUGGGCUUCAUUCAUUAGAAACUCGUAUCCACCAACCAACUGAUAACUCUAAUGUACCACAAAAUGUUCUCUUGCAACUAAUCGAAGCUGGCCAUUUAGAAGUACAUACCGAAGAAGACGGAAGUGGUCAUCAAUAUGUCGCUAUACCAAUACCACCAUCAACUACUGAUCGUGUUGAAUCUGGUUCUAACAACGAUAAUGAUGAUAGGAAAACAGAAAUAACAUCAAAGCCACAAUUUAAUUUACAAACAGAGAUACCGAAAUUGCUUAUUAAAGAGGAGGAUUGAAUUGUUUGACUAUACUAUACUAUCCUGUUGAAAGCUACUAUUUUGAAAACCAUUUGAUCGAAGUAAUUUAGACAACAAAAGUCAUAACACAUUUAUUAUUUAUUUUCAUACAUAUGUAUGUAUGUAUUUCCAAUCUAAAAAAAUUCUAAAUUUUAAAUAAAACUCUUAACGAUUAUUUAAGUCUUUAACGAAUUGUAUGUGUAUACUGCUUAAAAAGUGAAAUAAAAAUAAAUGUAUAGGAUGUGAUCACAUGAUAAAUACUA